AUGAAUCUACUCAAAAAAGCAACUACUGUUAUAUGUUCUGUUCAAGAACAUUAAGAAGUUGAUUAAAAGAUUAUCCAUCUAUGUAUUGACUCUAAGUGUUAGAUUUCUAAAAAAGCAUUAUGUGGUUUAUGUCUAGGAGAAGAACAUUAUGGUCAUAAAUCAAUUAAUCUCUCUACAUUAGACACUUUAAUAAAGAAUGAAUGGACUCGUGAAAUAAAACAAUACAAUUAAAAGAAUAAAGAUUUGACAGAUUCUAUUCAGAUGAGUAUAAAUGCAAUUCUGAACAAAGUUAAACUACUUUAAGAUUAAAUAUCAUAAUUUGUUAAUUAGGAUAUGUAGGAGAGUAAAGUAGGGAUUUUAAAACGUAAAUAUAUUGAUUAGCCAAAUCUAACUGAAAAAGAUUAUGAAUAAUUAGCAAAAGAAAUUUGUGAUAUUAUACAUUAUAAUAAUGGUGUUCCAGAUUUUAAACCAAUUGAUUAUGAACCAAAUGAUAAAUUCUAGAGUCUUGCAUAAAAGUUAAUUUUNAAGUAGGUGUUGUACUUGUCAUAGUUUUUUUAGGUGAUAAAUUUCUACCUGAAUAUAAAGAUGCAUAUGAUACAAGUGUAUUUAGUGGUCCAAAAAUAAGAUUUAAAUACAGUAAUCAUAAUUGUGUUACUGAUUUUGAAUCAUUAAAAUCAUUAGGAUUAACUAAACUAAAUUAUACAUAAUCUACUGAUAAUCCAGAUGAUUCUGAUAAAUGUUUAAAAACUUAAUGUGUCUGUUAAAAUGAAGAAUGUUAUGAAAUUUAAUGUCCUCCUUGUCUUUAUAAUGAAGAUUCAUGUUCAAUUGUUGCUAGUGGAAGAUUAAUGACAGUUUAAGGAGAUUAAGAUUAUUACAUUAUGUACAAUAUUGAACAUGAAGGAAGUAGACAUGUAAUUAAUAUUAUUUAAUAUAUUUAGUUUACUUAUGUAUUUAAUGUAUUUAUCAUGUUAUAAUUGUUUAAUUUCUUAAAUAGUAGAAGGAUUACUGAUGAAAUUAAUUUCCUUGACAAUAUUACAAAUCAUUCUGCUUUCCUAAUAAUAGUUCCUUUCAUAUUCUGCAUUUAAGUAUUAAUGGUUACUUUUGGAUCUGGUGCUAUUGGACUUUAUAGUUGUUAUGGAUUAUAAAUAAAAUAAUGGUUGAUUGGAAUUGGAUUUGGUAGUAUCUCAUUAUUAGGAUGUCUAAUCCUUAAAUUAAUUCCAGAAGAUAAUUUUUGUAAAUAGCUUGGACCCCAAAAGAUUGUACCUAUCUAACAAGAAGUCAAAAUCUCUUAAUAAAAAGUUGAAUAAAGUGAAAAUGCUCUUGCAAAACAUUAUAAUUCUAUAUCAAGACAUCCAGAUCAAUGA